AUGCAUCGAAUUUUUCGUUCAAAAAAGACUCAACAUUCAAAUGAAAAUAAUGAUAUAGGAAAUAAUUAUUCUAAACGUCUAUAUUCUCGUCAUAAAUCUUUAUCACAUGUUGUACCUAUUCCAAUGAUUAAACUUCCUCAAGACAAAACUAAUAUUCGUAUGAUACGAAUUCGUUUAAUUUUUAUUCAUAUUGGCGAAAUCGAUACACUUAAUGAAAAAUAUCAAGCAGAUAUUUAUUAUGAAGCAAGAUGGUUUGAAAUAUUGAAUAUUAAAUUAUUAGAUUUAGAUACACAACAACGAUCACAAUUAUUAGAUGAAAAUAUUUCUAUACGAUUAAAUGAGCUUAAUCCAAAAAUUUAUUGGACACCACAUUUAUUUAUUGAAAAUGAAAUAGGACAAAUUGGUAAACAAGAUACAUGGUUUACAAUAAAGAAAAGUGUUACAGGAAAUAUUGAACCUACAUCACCAUCACUUAUUCGACUUGAAAUAUGUGAACAUCGACGUAUAAGAGGAGUUUUUUGGGAAAAAUUAGAAUUAAAUCAUUUUCCAGCUGAUGUUCAAGAUUUAACAGUUUCAAUAUCAACUAUGCAUCAUAUUGAAAAUUGUUUACUUGUUCCUGAUGAACAAUUACGUUCGAGUAUAAAUCGUGAAGCUUUUUUCGAUCAACAAGAAUGGAAAUUAUAUGAACAUGUUGCAACUGAAUCAAGACAAACAACAGAAGAAUAUUCAUUUGAGAAUGAUAAUAAUGGAAUAGAUCAAAAGAAACAUUCUGUUCUAGCAUUUACUUGUCGCGCAGCACGUCGCCCUGGUUAUUAUUAUUGGAAUGGAUUUUGUCUUAUUUUUCUUAUUACUGUUUGUUCAUUUUGUAUUUUUUCAAUACCACCUGAUUUACCACAAAGUCGUCUUCAAAUAACAUGUACUCUUCUUCUUACAUCAGUUACAUUUCGUUGGGUAGUAAAUCGAUCACUGCCAACAAUAUCUUAUCUAACGACACUAGAUAAAUAUGCAAUCAUAUCUAUUAUUAUAUUAGUUCUACUUUGUGUAUGGCAUUCUGUUAUAGCAACAUUAAUUUUUCUUAAUCCACCACCAGCAUCAUUAUCACGUAAUAUUAUACCAACCAAUACGUAUGUUAAUAUUGAUCGAUAUGUAUUUAUAUGCUUAUUUAGUAUAUAUAUUAUUAUUCAUAUAUUACUCAUAAUUUGGCUUAUAUUUGUUCCUUAUAAACGACGACGAGAAAUGGAAUAUCUCGAUCGUGAAUAUACAGCUAAAAAAUAUAUAGAAAUAGAAACAACUCGAACACGUUUUAGUUCAAUACAAAGUCAACCACAAGAUUUAGUAUUUCGUCGUGGAUCAUCUGUUUAUGGAAAUACACCUAUGAUAAAAUCACCUGUACGAUCAAUAAAACAUUUUGAUGGUAUGACAAUAAUUCCAAAUGCAACAACAUUUCUACCUAUUAAAGAAGAAACAAAUGAAAUUAAAACAAAAAUUUCAGAUACAAUCAAUUUUCAUGAAUCUGAUGAUGUAUUCUAUGAUCAUACAAAUGAACUAAAAUCUACUUAA